CGUGAGUAGCCGGGCCAUGCCGUUUGAUGCAAAGUACUUGCCGGAACACUUGCGGCUACAGCUGCUGAAAGAGGCUCUCAGACUGGACCCUGACUUGAAGGAGGAGGACUUGGAGCGCGGCAUCGUUCUGCACAUGGAUGAUUUGCCGGAGCAGAUGAAUCGCGCGAUUUCUCGAGAGGCCUUCCUGCGUGAUUUGCAAUGGUGCCCAAGGAAUUUCCUGCACAGGUACCGGUUGGCAUUCAAAGACUUGGAUGACGUCCCUCGCGAGGCCAUUGCCCCAUUGCCUGAUGACCUGCGACAGGCCUUGGACAAGUUGCAACCCUUGGACCCCUGGUCUGCUUCUGUGAUGGCUCAAUGGCUGGACCCCACAUGGCGCUGCAAAGCUUGGAGCGAGAUUGAUGUCAUGCCCAAGGAAAUCUCUGACGAGAACAUCCAGAGGGAAAAGCGUGAACGCUCUCCUGCCGGUGAGCCAUUGGAGGUCCAUGAGCGACGAAUCGAUCCCUUUGACGGGAAGCGGUACAGCUUGGCACAGCUAUUGGAGAAAUACAAAGAUCAGUAUCGUGAGAAGGACAUCAAAUCAUAUUGGAGGAACGCAAUGAAGCCAAACGAGUACUUGGUAGUGGAUUGAAGCGGUUGAAGGCUGUGUGCCUCACUCGAAGCAGAACUUGGUGGGAAAAGAGCUGGGACAAA